AUGAGGGAAUUAGUGACAGUUCAAGUUGGAGGUUUUGCAAAUUUCAUCGGCUCCCAUUUCUGGAACUUCCAGGAUGAGUUGCUUGGAUUGGCUGGGGAUCCUGACAGUGAUCCGGUUUUCAAAAAUCAAAACCAGUACGUCAAUAUGGACACUCUCUACCGCUCAGGUGAAACACACCAAGGUGUUCAAACUUAUACUCCUCGCUUACUCUCGAUAGACUACCAAGGGUCCCUUGGAUCUAUGAGUUCAAGUGGUGCGUUGUAUAACGAGAGCUCAUCGGCACCUUCGAAUGUUUCCACAUGGACUGGUAAUUUUUCAACUUAUGCAUCUGAACCGUUAAAGAAGAAUUUGUUCUUGCAAAGUUUGUAUGAGGAAGAGCAGGAGAACUUGAGGCUCUCAAAUGGUAUAAGCAGCGGGAAGAACGAUAAUCCAACAGAAAUUCAAGAUCAGGACAUAGUUGAAUGUUUAGAAAAUCAUGUCCAGUAUUGGACGGAUUUCUCAAAAGUCCACUACCAUCCUCAGAGUUUAUACGAGUUAAAUGGAUUAUGGAUGAAUAGUACAGAAUUUGACAAUUAUGGAAUUGGGAGGGAUAUUUUUUCUGGGGGUUUACGUGGAGAAGAAAUAAGUGAGAGGCUUCGGUUUUUUGUAGAAGAGUGUGACCACAUUCAGGGAUUUCAAUUCAUUGUUGACGAUUCAGGAGGUUUCUCUCCUAUAGCUGCAGACUUUUUGGAGAGUAUUGCAGAUGAAUAUACGAAUACACCAGUCUUACUUUAUACUGUGAGGGCUCCUGGUUCUCAUAUGAACCCGACUAGCCGGAAGCAAAAAAUUUCCAGGAGCCUUCAUGAUGCACUUUCUUUUUCAAGACUGUCAUCCUUCUGUAAAUUGAUUGUGCCAGUUGGUUUGCCCUUAUUAAGUACAAGUAAAGCUUCCAAGUUCCUUUGCAUUAAAGAUGAGAAGCCUUACCACAGCAGUGCACUGUACGCUGCCGCUCUACACUCUAUUAGUGUCCCUUUCCGAAUGGAGCCACUUGGACCUGCUGCAGAUUCUUAUAAUUUUUCUGGUGCUGUGGAUGUGAAUGGAGUUGUACAAAUGUUAGCAGGGCAAGCUAGGCAAAAUAUGGUGACUAUUCUGGAUGCUGCAAUGCCAGCACCUCCUAUUACUGGGAAACAGGUUGAACACUCUUUACUGGGGAAUUUGCACCCAUUAACACCAGAGAUUGCAGAAGAUUUGGAAGAUAUGCAAGCAGUGGAAUCCAUGAAUGUUCAUGGAGCUCUUGGAUCAGGAGGUCACUAUGCUUCCAUUUCUGAAGUAACAGAUUCAGUUAAUGCUGUUUAUGAAAACGCCUUAUCGAGACCAAAGUUCUGUCAUCUAUCUGUCUCUCCUUGCCCUCUUCCAAUACCAUUGCCAUUUCCUAAAAUCUUUGGGAGCCUUGUUGGCCAACAUGGUGAGCUCUUCAGCAGCCCGGUUCCAGGCUCUUCAUCAAGGGGAUCACUUGAUGUCCAUUCCAUCCCCAUGGCAACUAGACUACGGUCUAGCACAGCUGUCUUGCCAUUUUUGGAGAAUAGGUUGGCAAAUCUUCGUAGACUUGGAAUUCAGCAAGGAGCACCAGGGACUGAGUUGUUUACAAGCUGGGGUUUUGGGAAGGAUGAAUUAGAAGACAUGGAAGAGACGCUAUCUAAAAUGGUUACAACACUCGACGACCGUGCUCAACUAUCCUCUGACUCAGAUUAA